AUGCCGUCAAGCAAGCUCCGUGAAGUCACCAAUGGAGCAGAGGACAUGGAGAAGCCUCGUAAUAUAUUUACAGAGGAUGUCAUCGUCACAGGCCCUAGGAACAGCCGCUCUAAGAGAAGAGUUGUCGAAGUAGACUCAGAUGAGGAUGAUGACCCAUCUGAAAUUGGAGAUGAAGAAGACGAGGAUGACGAGGAAGAUGCCGAAGGCGAUUCGGAUCUAGAUGCCGACGGCGAGCCGGACAUCGAUGCAGAGGGUGACAUCGACAUGGACGACGCUCCUCCGGUAUCCCCCAUUGCAAAGCAGGCGGCUUCCCGACCCACGGUUACGGUUACUCCUGCAGCCGCAACUAAAGUAAGGAAGACAGAGUCACGGGCUGUUCUUGAUGACGACGAUGACGAAGAUGACGAAGAAGGUUUGUCUGAGCUCGAGUCUGAUAAUGAUAUCGGCGCACAAGAUGAUACCAUUGGCCUUGACGAAACCAACGAAGACGAGGAACCCGACGAUGAUGAAGAUGAGGAAGACGAUUCAGAUGAAGAUCUUAUGGGUGGAAGUAGAUCGAGUACCCCCGAUUUAAGUAAAAUGACCAGACGGCAGCGUGGUCGAAUCGAACUUGGAGGUGAUUUCUUACAGCUACCAAUGGAACCGCAAGUUAAGAAACACCUAACCGCCGAAGAACAUGCCAUGCGCCGGGCAGAGAUGGCAAGGAGAAGAAAGAACCUCAGCGAAAAGCGUAACGAGGAGGAAAAGAUGGACACAAUAAACAAACUGCUCAAGAAACAAGCCCCCAAGCGUCGUGGAAAAAUCAGUGCCGCCGAGGCCGCUGGAGAGAGCACCCCAGGCCAACAGGAAGCUCAGGAGCCAGAAAAGCCAGAUCCUACAAUGAUACGAUACGUUAUAAAUCGUAAUGGCAACCGCAUCGGGGUUCCAGAUGAGUGGUUUGGUACUCCUGCCGGCAAGAUUUUCGGCAAUCCAAGCAAUGCCCCUGCCUCCCAUAGCGGGAAGCUUGUUGAAGAGAUAUAA